UCAACAGGUUCAAGGGUUGGUGUCUUAGCACAAAAUGCAACUAACAUGGAACAGUCAGUUAUCAUUUCCUUCAUGUAUGGAUGGAAAAUGACGCUUUUGACAGGACUUGCUCUGACAGGAAUGAUUGAAACCUCAGCAAUGACUGGAUUUGCCAACAAGGAUAAGCAAGAAUUUAAGCAUGCUGGGAAGAUAGCAGCUGCAGUCGUGGAGAAUAUACAUACUAUAGUGUCAUUAACAAGAGAAAAAGCCUUUGAGAAAAUGUAUGAAGAGACUCUUAAGACUCAACACAGAAAUACAUCGAAGAAAGCACAGAUUAUUGGAAGCUGUUAGGCAUUCAGCCAUGCUUUUGUAUAUUUUGCCUAUGCAGCAGGGUUUCGAUUUGGAGCCUAUUUAAUUCUAGCCAGACGAAUGACCGCAGAGGGCAUGUUCAUAGUUUUUACUGUAAUCGCUUGUGGAGCUAUGGCCACUGGAGAAACACUUGUUUUUGCACCUGAAUAUUCCAAAGCUAAAUCUAGGGCUGCACAUCUCUUUGCUUUGCUGGAAAAGAAACCAACUAUAGACAGCUACAGCCAAGAAGGGAAAAAACCAGACACAUGUGAAGGGAAUUUAGAGUUUCAAGAAGUCUCUUUCUUCUAUCCGUGUUGCCCAGAUGUUUUCAUCUUUCGGGACUUAUCCCUCAUUAUUGACAAAGGGAAGAUAGUCACAUUUGUUGGGAGCAGUGGCUGUGGGAAAAGCACUUCUGUUCAACUUCUGCAGAGAUUAUAUGAUGCUGUGAAAGACCAAGUGCUACUUGAUGGUGUAGAUGUGAAAGAACUGAACGUACAGUGGCUCCAUUCCCAGAUAGCAAUCGUUUCUCAAGAGCCUGUGCUCUUCAACUGCAGCAUAGCCCAGAACAUCGCCUAUGGUGAUAACAGCCGUGCGGUUCCAUUAGAUGAGAUCAAGGAAGUAGAGGCAGCAAAUAUCCAUUCUUUUAUUGAAGGUCUCCCUGAGGUUAGUACUCCGGGUCCUUCUCUCUUCCAAAUGGUUCAGCAAGCCCUUGAUAAAAAGCGGGGGGGGGGAAUGUGCCUAGUGGUCAGUCACAGACUCUCCACAAUACAGAAUGCAGAUUUGAUAGUGGUUCUGCACAAUGGAAAAAUAAAGGAACAGGGAACUCAUCAAGAGCUCCUGAGAAAUCGGGACAUAUACUUUAAGUUAGUAAAUGCACAGUCAGUGCAUUGA